GUUGUAAAUGGACUGCUCGAAAGAGCAGACUGGAGAACUGCUUUAAAAUUGCCGAUCGGAAUGGUCCCUGCAGGAACUGGUAAUGGCAUGAUAAAGUCAUUGUUGGACACGGUUGGGCUUCGAUGCUGUGCAAACAGUGCUACUAUUUCUAUUAUCCGAGGUCAUAAACGUUCUGUAGAUGUGGCAACUAUUGCCCAAGGGAAUACCAAAUUUUUCAGUGUCUUGCCUGGGGUAUGCCAGUGAAUUCUACUUCUUAGUCUAUGUCCAGAGUCAGAAAGUUAUUUGCAAAUGAAAGUAGUACAUGAGCUUGCUGAAAGCCUGAAACAUACUUUUUGUUGUAUUGAUUAGUACAGUUUAUUUCAGUUUUAAUAGCAGAUAUUGACAUUGAGUCAGAGAAGUUCAGAUGGAUGGGAAGUGCUCGUAUUGACUUCUAUGUACGUUUAGUUAACAAGUUUGACAAUUGUUGCAUUGCAGUUGUUAAGCUACUGGUGAGACUUUAUGAUUUUAAUCGGAUGUUCUUUUAUUGAACUUAAGAAAUGUUUUUACUUUCUUGUUUUCGCAGGCUCUUCAGAGGAUAUUAUGUUUAAGACAAUACAAUGGACGAAUUAUAUUUCUACCAAUACAACAGAUAUUGGUAGAAAUUAAAUUAAAUUAAAUUAAAUUAACGAUUCUCUACUGUAAGCUCUUAAUUUUAUUACUUUAUGUUUAUUCUUAGUUCUCACCGUUUGAUUGGUAGUAUCUUACUCUUUAUCUUAUGCCCUGAAUCGAAUUGUUAUUGUUCACCGAAAUUGGAACUUGGGCCCUGUGUUAUUUUUUACUUGCCUCCUCAAAAUUGUGCAUAUCACUCACUGUGUUUUGUCUGUUGUCCGUUCUCUUCUUGUUUUGUCCGUUGUCCGUUGUCUUCUAUAUGCAGGUCUUCUAUCUGCAAUUGCUUGCUGGUAAGUGGUAAGAAGGUUACUGUACUGCUAUGUGACAGUCCUCAGAGGUGCAUCCGUAUUAUAUGUAGCUAGCUACUGGGAACAAGAACUCUAAACGAGAAGCUAUCAUGGUUCCUGGACGACGGUGGUGAAGGCACAAUUCAAAAUGUUGGAGCUGAUUGCCAUCUAUGCUCUACCCAUUACGUAGGCAGGUAUAUCGUUAGAAUUCAUCCCUCUGGCUUAUGGUAUACACUUACAGGCCAAACCAAAGGCUAAGCAACAAAUGCCAAAACUCGGAGACAAAGUCUAGAUUCAAAAGCAAAAUCCAUGCAAGGACCCUUCCCAAAAGACUUUUUACACAAAGUACUAUGAUGUGGCAGUCCUCAUUUCAAGAACCUUAUAGAGUGUAUUUAACAGUCUUCUGUCACUGUAUUUGUAGAGUGUAUAGAUAGUAAACGUGAGGAUGUUAUUACCAUUUUGUAGAGUGUAUAGAUAGUAAACGUGAGGAUGUUAUUACCAUACUUAUAUACCAAUCAUAAGAAUUUUUUUC